AUGCUUCCCGCCUCCGAGCGGUCCUCCCUCUGGGGAAUGAUUCACGCCUCCGACCUCCGAGUUAGGCUCGAAGACUCCGCCUCCGAGCGAUGCUCCCUCCGGGGAAUGCUUCCCGCCUCCGAGCGGUCCUCCCUCUGGGGAAUGAUUCACGCCUCCGACCUCCGGGUUAGGCUCGAAGACUCCGCCUCCGAGCGAUGCUCCCUCCGGGGAAUGCUUCCCGCCUCCGAGCCGUCCUCCCUCUGGGGAAUGAUUCACGCCUCCGACCUCCGGGUUAGGCUCGAAGACUCCGCCUCCGAGCGAUGCUCCCUCCGGGGAAUGCUUCCCGCCUCCGAGCGGUCCUCCCUCUGGGGAAUGAUUCACGCCUCCGACCUCCGGGUUAGGCUCGAAGACUCCGCCUCCGAGCGAUGCUCCCUCUGGGGAAUGCUUCCCGCCUCCAAGCGGUCCUCACUCUGGGGAAUGAUUCAUGCCUCCGACCUCCGGGUUAGACUCAAAAACCGCCUCCGAGCGAUACUCCCUCUUGGGAAUGUUUUUCGCCACCGAGCGAUGCUCCCUCUAGGGAAUGCUUCCCGCCUCCGAGCGGUCCUCCCUCUGGGGAAUGAUCCACGCCUUUCGCCUCUAGGCAAGGCUCGAGCGUCGCUCCGCGGGCUAGAAACGGAGUGCCUCCCAUCAGGCAAGAAGGCGGAGCGCCUCUCAUAG